AUGCGCUCGACCAAUAGAAUCGGGCCACGAACAAACUAACGUGUUCUAAAAUAUAGGGAAUCCCUCUUAAAACAACUCAGCACAAAAGAAGUUGAAUCAGGUUGACGUCUUGAUUGGGUAGCGCCUCUACAAGAUGCAAGCGAUAGCAGGACUGUUAAUCUGCGGUCUGAUCUCAGUGACCAGUGCUCUGUACAGCAGCUCUGAUGAUGUGAUAGAAUUAACGGCAGCUAAUUUCAAUCAAAAAGUGAUACAAAGUGAUCAGUUGUGGCUUGUUGAGUUUUACGCUCCUUGGUGUGGUCAUUGCCAGUCUUUGGCCCCAGAAUGGAAGAAGGCAGCUACAGCUUUAAAGGGUGUGGUCAAUGUAGGCGCAGUGGAUAUGGACCAGCACCAGUCUGUGGGGGGACCUUACGGCAUCAGGGGAUUCCCUACCAUCAAAAUAUUUGGAGCCAAUAAGAACAAAGCUGAAGAUUAUAAUGGAGCAAGAAGUGCCAAUGCCAUAGUAGAUUCUGCUAUGUCACAUCUUAAGCAGAUGGUGCAAGCCAGACUUAGCGGAAGAGGUGGCAGCUCUGGUGGUGGGCGGAGCAGCGGAGGAGGAAGUCAGGGAGGUGGCAAGGCAGUAAUAGAGCUCACGGACAGCAACUUUGAGGAGCUUGUCUUGAACAGUGAAGACUUCUGGUUGGUUGAGUUUUUCGCCCCCUGGUGUGGCCACUGUAAGAACCUGGCACCACACUGGGAGCAAGCCGCCUCUGAGCUGAAAGGGAAAGUGAAACUGGGCGCCCUGGAUGCCACUGUGCAUACUGUGAUGGCUAACAGAUAUGGGGUCCGUGGCUACCCGACAAUCAAGGCCUUCCCUGCUGGUAAAAAAGAUGGCGACACCAUCGAGUACGAUGGUGGGAGAACGGCGUCUGAUAUUGUCCGCUGGGCCUCGGACAGGAUAGUGGAGAACCUGCCACCCCCUGAGAUAGUACAGAUCACAGAAGAGAAAAGUCUCAAAGAUGCCUGUGAGGACCACCCUCUGUGUAUCAUAGCUGUUCUUCCACAUAUCCUGGACUGUCAGUCAGAAUGUAGGAACAAAUAUCUGGAUGUGAUGAAAGAACUUGGAGACAAGUAUAAGGGAAAGCAAUGGGGCUGGGUGUGGGCUGAGGCCAUGCAGCAGCCUGAGCUGGAAGACUCCCUGGGGAUUGGGGGCUUUGGUUACCCUGCCAUGGCUGCAAUGAAUGCCAGAAAAAUGAAGUAUGCCAUUCUGAGAGGAGCCUUUAGCAAAGAUGGCAUUAAUUCUUUCUUAAGGGAGCUCUCAGUUGGGCGCGGUUCCACGUCUCCAGUUAAAAAUGCCCAGCUGCCACCUAUUAAAAAGGUCGACCCUUGGGACGGCAAGGAUGGAAAGCUUGAAGUUGAAGAAGAAAUUGAUCUCAGUGAUGUAGAACUGGAACCUUUAGAUGAUGUGAAGAAAGAUGAAUUAUAACAUCUAAGAUAUAAGUAUGUAAACACUGUGGAGACUUGUACAUAUUGUUUCAAAAUUCACUGCAGGGCUACAAAAGCACAACAUGUUGUGCAUGAGAUGGAUUUCAUUCCAAACAAGACGUCCCUAUUUUGACAGAGAUAUUUCACUCCUAGGAGUUAUUUCGGGCAUAGCUCUAUUUUUGCCAACUAAGUUGACAUUUUUACAGGUCAAAUAUUAACUAGUUAGAUUUAGUUGUUACUGUUGCCAGGAACUUAUUGUAUGCCAUAGAACUGGGACUUAUGUGGAAUUUUUUUUUUUAAUUUUUCAUUGUCAUAAAAUGAAUUUGGUGAAUUUUAAGAACAUUUCCUGAUUCACUGCCAAUUUAAAAAUGGUAGGAAAAAAACUCAUAUCCAGAUAUGAAGUAUUUUUCCAGUCAAUCCUUUCAGUGGAUUAUAGAAAAAGUAUACAAAGUGUACUGAGCAGAAAAAGACGACGUCGAUUUUAUUGAGAUGAAUUUGAAAAACAUUAAUGUAAGUGGACGAAAAUCAAAUGUGAAAAUAAAUUUAUUCUUUUGAA